AUGUCAAAACAAUGGAAACCUUCAGUAACAUUGAUUGCUACUGGUAUAAUUAUUCCUGACUUACACUUUGGGCCUUUUUUAAGAAACUGGUGGCAUGUUAGAUCGUUACAGGAGAACGGAAUGAAAGUAGAACAAUACUAUCCUUUUCAAAUUGGUAUGAAAACACAGGUUGAGCUGAAAAACAGACCUUUUAUUAUUCGAAUAGUUCAAGGAAAUAAACAUAACAAUUUGUUACUGGGAUUUUUUUGUGAAUCUUUAUCUGAAUCUAAUGAAGAAGUUGAAAAUGACCCUACUAGUGCUAUUUCAAACCUCUAUAAAAGAAUAUUUCAAACUGAAACGCGCUUUUCUGGAACAUUGAUAAUGGAAAACCAACUAUCUGAAGAAUUUCAUGGAUCAGAUCCUAAUAGUGUGUGGAAAAAAAUGGGCAUGUUAAAAGAAUGGUUAGGCGAGACUUUAUUUGGAUUAGAUAAUUCUAACGUAAAAAAAAAACUAGAACAAUUGAAAAAAUUUGUAUGUUUUUAUAAUGAAUGGCACGAUUAUUCAAAAAUGGAGCAAAUAUUCAGAUAUCAUUUACAAAAAAGAACAUGUAGUCAAGUUGAUUGGUAUUUAUUAUUUCGGGAAUGGAAAGAAAAUAAUUGUCCAAUAAUUGAAUUACAUAGUCAAUUAGCUUCGUUAUAUCCAAAUGGUUAUAUUUUCUCAGAAAGAGAAAUGAGAGCAUGGCGGGCGAUAUUACGUGCUACAGGAUGUAUCAAUAUAACACCAUUUGAUAAAGAAGAAUCGGAGUAUGAAUUUUGGACGCGAUCAUCUGAUCCUGAAUCAGAUAAAGCAAUGAUAAAUAUGCUUUAUCAAAAUGGUUUUUUACGAACAAUACCAAGUAAUAUGUUCAAUGCUACAGAAGUAUUCUGGAAAAGUUUUGAGCAUAGUUUGAGUUUAAAUAAACGUGGCGCUAAUGGAAAACAAAGAAUACUUUCAAUAAUUGCAGAUAAGUUUCCUUAUAAGGAAUUACAAACCAGACUUCAUGUAAUUAUUUUAUAA